UGAGCCGAGCAGCACCGAGGACAGCGACUGGCGGCGCCGGCGGCCUGCGUUCCCUUCUCCUGCAGCCCGGGAUUUCUUCUUACACACACACACACACACACACACACACACACACACGUUCACGCUCGCGCACGUGCACAGACACACACGCACCUAUACCCUGAGGCUCUCAGCCCACUUCAGCGCGGACACACACAUACUCCACGCAGACCACCCACUCCGCUCUACGAUGGCAGAAUCCCACCUGCAGUCAUCUCUGAUCACAGCCUCACAGUUUUUUGAGAUCUGGCUUCAUUUCGACGCUGACGGAAGUGGUUACCUGGAAGGAAAGGAGCUUCAGAACCUGAUUCAGGAGCUCCAGCAGGCGCGGAAGAAGGCUGGUUUGGAGUUAUCACCUGAGAUGAAAACUUUUGUGGAUCAGUAUGGACAAAGAGAUGAUGGAAAAAUAGGAAUUGUAGAGCUGGCUCACGUGUUACCCACAGAGGAGAACUUCCUGCUGCUUUUCCGAUGCCAGCAGCUGAAGUCCUGUGAGGAGUUCAUGAAGACAUGGAGAAAAUAUGAUACUGAUCACAGCGGCUUCAUAGAAACCGAGGAGCUUAAGAACUUUCUAAAGGACUUGCUGGAAAAAGCAAACAAGACUGUUGAUGAUACAAAACUAGCUGAGUAUACAGACCUAAUGCUGAAAUUGUUUGAUUCAAAUAAUGAUGGGAAGCUGGAAUUAACUGAGAUGGCCAGAUUACUACCAGUGCAGGAGAAUUUUCUUCUUAAAUUUCAGGGAGUCAAAAUGUGUGGGAAAGAGUUCAAUAAAGCUUUUGAGUUAUACGAUCAGGAUGGCAAUGGAUACAUAGAUGAAAAUGAACUGGAUGCUUUACUGAAGGAUCUGUGUGAGAAAAAUAAACAGGAUCUGGAUAUUAAUAAUAUUCCAACAUACAAGAAAAGUAUAAUGGCUUUAUCGGAUGGAGGGAAGCUAUACCGAACGGAUCUGGCUCUCAUUCUCUCUGCUGGUGACAACUAGGGUUGAAGACUAUGACCACUCAUUAGUGAUACAUUGUCUCUAAAAAAUAACUGUGCACCAUAAGGAUGUAGGCUGUCUUUUCUUUUGUAUCUGUAAAUUUAACUGCAUAUAGAUAAUUAUCCAAGAUCUGUGGCACAGUCUUUUCAAAUUGUUUCUAUACUCUUUGUAAUGUACAGUUUUUGUAACCAUAUGACUGAAGGAGGAUGUCUAUGCUUAGGCCAGUCAAUACACCCAAUGAAAAAAAAAUAACCUAACAUAUUCUUCCUUCCGUACAUGUCGUUGGACAAGACUUCCCUCAGAAAUCCACCAGGAUUAGUCUCUAAAAUCCUAGUCUCUGAUGUGUGUCACUGUUGAAUAGAAGGAUUAUACGUAACAAGCUAAGCAUUCUUAUUUCAGACAAUCUGAAGUCUGCCCAACAAAAUGGUUCUAAGCUGUAUUUCCAAUUGGAAGAAAUGUGCUUUUGCAUCUAAAAUACCAAACUAUCAAUCAAUAGUUAAUCACGGCUCUAUGAGGUUAAUAGUCUCACUUCACUGGGCAAGAAUUUAGUGAAUCAGCAAUACUUCUACUGCUUGAAUUCUUAUCAAUCUACUGGUUCAAGUUGAUUUGAUGACAAGGAAAGGCAGACAAUGCAUAGAUCUACCUAAUUCUACGUUUGUAUUUGUAUUUAUAAGUCUACUGUCAAAGAGUAUGACCUCAACCCAUUUUCUAACUGGUUUCAUGUCCUGCAGCCUAUAAUUAUUCUAGGAAACUGCUGUUUUAUGUCAUAGUCUAUGUACUAUCUGAUUAAAUUAUAUAUCAAGUAUCCUGGUGUUUACUUUGCAUACUUCUUGGAUUUUCUUUCUGUGUAGAACUGUUCUUCUCCACCAAGGGUAACUGUUGCCUCUGAAAAUAAUUUUUUUCUGGAUACGACAGCCCUAUUUUUACUACAUAAGUGAAUUUUAAGGUAAAAUUCAUGGCACCCUGAUUAUUGAAUGUUAC